CGAACUCCAAUAUUCGGAGUUUGAAGUUCGUUCGUGAUUACUGAUGUUGAUAUAGAGGAGAUAUGAGAGUUCAAAGGAGAGGACAGAUUUCAGAUACUUGGUUGGAUGGGCGGUUGUUGGCCUACGUACUCUACGUACUUUUGUUUGCCUCUUUGCCUCUCUCGGUGACGAGUAUUGGUCGAAUGAAGUGGCGUGGUUUCUGAUUGGUCGAAGCUAGUAAGGCUACCUACCUCAGCCUCUUCGGUUCAGAACAGCUCAGAGCUCGCAGCCUUGCGAUCUUCAACCAACCUCACUCGGGACAGCAAGGUGUCGGAAAUUCCAACAAUUACUGGAGCGAGUUUUUCCCAGUCGCGAGGUACGAACAACGAAAUCGGGAGCGACGGUGCGAUAUAAAGCGAAUUAUACAGGAUGCGGCAGAGAAUCACUUUCGUUCACGAGCCGCAGGAUGGGAUUGAUCCAAAGUCAAUCGGCAUCCACACCAAUACCUUGUCGGUCUCAGGCCUCAAAGCUGCAAGGGAAGAUCAUAUAACUCUCUCUCUCGAUGAGCUUCCGCAGGAGUUGCGAGUAGCGCUUAGCCAAACGAAAGAGCUGCAUAUUCGAUAUGUAACGGCGGCGUCAUACGAGUCGAUACCCCCCUUCAAUUCGAAACUGUCGCCGGGAUUGCAUGUUUAUUAUACCCCCAAGACCGAGGUUGGGAAGGAGGGCCAGGAAUUUAGUGAUUUAUUAUGUGGCCUCAUAGACACACUCUUCGACUUAAAAGACAAAUCGCUCUGCCAGACCCCCGAAAUAUCAUUCACCUCCCUCCCAUCCAAAAGCCCCAAACACAAAAGCAGCUAUGAAUUCUACCUCCGCUCCUCCGCCCUCGGCGGCACAUCCGCCCUACAAUCCUACUUCAAGCGCAUCUGCUCCAGCACAAGCUGCCUCACCCGCAUCUCCGAAGGCGCCACAGCCGCCUCCAUCGACCUCGACUACAUCUCCACCACCGGCCUCGCGAGCCUCACCACCUCCUGGUCUCCCCGAACCUGGCCGUCCUUCGCGAUAUCAAAGAUAUCCCACACCGACCGCGUCGAGCUCGGAAUCCUCUCGAACGAAAAGCCCAUAAGGCUGGAUGAUCUGAAUAUGUCUGGAUUCCUCACCGUGUUGGGGGAAUCGGAGAAGCCCGCGCCGACAAUGUUUCAGUUCCCCAGCCGUCACCAUAGGCAUCCUGCGAAAUUCAGCUCUUCGUUCAUUGAACCGACGGGCCUGCAUCCUACUUUACAACUCACCAUUAGGGACAGCCAGCCACCGAAAAACAGGGAGGGGUGUAGCUUGAACGCACAUUUAAUGCUCCCGAGGAGUGUGUUCCCGGAUAAAUACCAGUUCCGCGAUGCCCUCUUCAUGGCGUCGAAGAAUCUGACUGCACUACGCCAUGUUACGGUCCCGGUCGAUUUGGAGGCGCCCGAAUACACGAUGGCGCUAUGGGGUUCCUCGCUCCUCGUCGAGCUUGCCCCUCCACCUCCUAGCGAGGAGUCUUGGACUGCGGAAAUCCCCUUGCAUCUCCGCUACCUCCUACCGAGCGAGUCGGGGUAUAGUUCCACCUCUCUCCCCUCCCCCGUGCUCUUCUGGGCGUGUGAAGCGGACGAGGAGAGUAAAUUGGAAGGGAGCCCGUUUGAUAGGGUUAACCUGGGGUAUGAUGGAUUGUUUGGGGAUAAAACGCUGUUUUAUCACCUUGGGAGGGAGAGGGGGGAGGAGGGGUAUAAGGAGGUUAGUGUGCCGGUGCUGAGUACCAGGUUUAAUGGGGAGAUGGAGGUGGGGACCGCGCUGGUGGUGGCGUUGGGGUUUGGGUGGGUGUUGUGGAAGUUGUGGGGGGUGGGGAGGGGGGUUGGGUAUGGGAGUGGGAGGGGUGGAGGGGGGAAGGUGGAGGGGAAGGAGGAGUGA